GGAGUCGCUUUUAGUUAAGUCAAAAUUUUGACUCAAGAACUUUGGACUGAUCUGUUUUGAUUAUCGAGUGAGAGAGAGAAAAGUGAAUGGAGAGUUUGUGUCAAAAAUGCUGUGGAAUUCUUACAAGAUAAUAAAUCUUAAAUUAUCUUCUUUUAUUUUAGAUUGUUCCUCAUGAUGAAACGCAAGAAGAGUCCACAUGUACAUCGAAAAGUUGGUAUCUCCAGUGAUGGUAAUAACACACCAAAGCACUUAACUUUACAUACUUCUAGCUCUUCGUUAUUUUCAGUUCAAGGUGAUACUCAUCAAACAAUAACUGUUCCUUCAAUUUCUAAUUUAACAUCAACUCCUACAACCUCUAUUAGUGUUACCCCUAGCCGAACUGCCGGAGUGAGUUCAUUUGUUUCUUGUGAUGAGCCAACUGCAGAAGAUAUGGGAGAUACAGAGCCACUUGCACCUUCUAAUGUGCUGUCGAAUGGCAGUAUGGACACUUUAAAUGUAACAAGUGUGUCGUAUGGCGGUAGUCCGCAAAUGCAAGGUGACGAAACCGAUGGACAAAGUCAUACUCCUGAUAUUCAUCGCACUCGUGCUGCUAUUGAACACGUCCAACAAAAGAUUAUCCGUACCAGAGAGCUUAUCAAAGAUGAACAAACAACCAGAGAUGAAAAUGUUAACGAAUAUUUAAAGCUAGCCGCAAAUGCAGACAGACAACAGUUACAAAGGAUUAAAAGUGUAUUUGAAAAGAAGAAUCAGAAAUCUGCCCAAACUAUAGCACAGUUGCAAAAAAAAUUGGAAAAUUAUAACAAACGAAUUAAAGAUUUGGAGACACAUGGCUUGUCUAGUAGUCAUUGGCAACCACGAGAAGUAUUGCGUGAUAUGGGACAAGGUUUAAAAGAUGUAGGUGCUAAUAUUAAGGAAGGAAUUACUGGAUUUUCAGGGACAGUCAUGUCUAAACCGAGAGAGUUUGCCCAUUUAAUCAAGAAUCGAUUUGGAAGCGCAGAUAAUAUUAGUUCAUUGGAGAAAUUGCCAGAAGAAAACAGUGGAGACGACACGGAGAGAAACCACCACGGAAGUGCUACCUUUACGCACAGUACAAAAUACACAUCGGACGACGAUAGUUCCAGCAUAACGUCUGGUUCCGGUCCCGUUGCGGCCGCAGGUAACUUUAUCAGUCCACAGCACCAACCGUCGGCUCUUCAAGCAAUCGCAACCGGUCCCGAAUCAUCCAUAACCCCUACUGCAGUACCGGUCGUCGUCGAUGUCGAACCAAUCUUACAAGAACUUCGAGAACAACGGGAAGAAAGUCAUCGUUUAAGAGAGGAUAUUGACUCACUCAAAAACCAUCUACAACAACAAGGUUCUUGUUUCAAUCAAGCACUACAAGAAGAACGUUACAGGUAUGAACGUUUGGAAGAACAAAUGAAUGAUUUGAUUGAGUUACAUCAAAACGAGAUAGAAAAUUUAAAGCAAGGUAUAGCCGACAUGGAAGAAAAAGUACAGUAUCAAAGUGAAGAAAGAUUGAGAGAUGUCCAUGAAGUUUUAGAAAAUUGUCAGACUAGAAUAUCUCGAAUGGAACAUCAGCAGCACCAACAUCUUCAACAAUUAGUUACAUUGGAUGCCUUAGAAAGUUCAAAUGCCAGGGCAUUUGUCGUAAAACUUAUAAAUCUUUUGUUAAUGGUUCUUCAGGUAGUACUGGUGCUCGUAGCCACUGUGUCCAAUAUCAUAAUGCCAUUUCUUCAAAGCAGGAUACGUAUACUGACGACCGUAGUGCUAAUCCUAGCUGUGAUCUUAGUGUGCAGGCAGUGGCCGGAAUGGCUGGAGAUUGGUCAACAGUAUUGGAAUAGUUAUUUCCAGAGAUAAUUGUGAUCUAUUCUAAAAGGAUUUUCAUAUCUUAACUCUCCGUCGAGAGAGAAAAAGUGGUCGACGUCACUAAACGAAAACCACAAACUGAACGCUUGGUUGCCAGACAAAUUUACUUUCCUAGAGAUACCAACUAACGUCAUAAACUCCCACAACAAUCAUUUGAAUGGCAAUCAAAUGUGGUAUCACUAUAAAUAUAUAUAAUAUACAUACACGUACAUAUAUAUACUCAGCCAGGCUUCUUUAACGAGAAGUUUUUAUAUAGCUGAAAGUAUUAUUAUAAAAAGAAACAAAGGGAAAAAAAAGCACAUUUAAUAAUAGAUAAGUUUCGAUACUGCUGUGAUAUGUUAUUGCACUUCAUGUAGUGAACCAUCUCGUCUUUGCAAUUUAGAUUUAGGAAGUUCCACUUUCAUCCUAUGGACCAUUGUGCUAGGGAAUGGUUUUAAUACAUAUUGGAAAGUACGUAGAACUCCCGACAUUAUACGAAGUUAUUUGACGCUCUUUGUAUUAUUAUAUUAUUAUUAUACUACUAUUAUUAUUAUCGAAGUAGAUUUUAAUUUUAUUCAUAAAAAAUAUACAUAAUUUAUUUUGUCUUUUGAACAGUGAAUGGUAUUAUUAGCAUUAUUGGUGUACCAAAUAAUCUGUCCACAUCUCAAUUCAUACAGGUGGUAUGCGUACUCCUGGUAUUCUCUCGCAUUCCACAAAAUGUACAAGUCUUAAUAGUGUUACAUACGUUAUGACAUGAUUUUGAAUAAAUGGUGCAAUUCAA